UUACAGCCCAAAUCCCGACCUCCUCUCCGGAAAGAGCCGAAAAAAAAACCCAACUCCCACACGAGUACAACUACUUUCAACUCUUCGGAGCCUCACGCGUAAAAACACCCCCAGUGAUUUGAAACCACCGGAGCUGAACUUUGAUCGUUCUCCCUCCUGCAGGAGGAAAGUUUUACGCACGGCUCCAAACUUCUCGACGCGUUUGGAACGCCUCGUGCCUCCUUGCGCACGGGAUUUUACGUGCGAUUUUGCGCCCGGCUGCCUGGACCCUUCUCUCCAUGGAGUUUACCCGCUGAGCCGUCGAUGUGAGGGAACACACCUUCCUCUCGCUUUUGGAUUUAUUUCACCUGCACGGGGGCUAGAGCGUCGGAAGCACGGACUUCAGAUGUGUCCCUUGCCAGCCAGAGUGGCCCUUCAGUCCCGAGAUGGAUUCCAGAAGUCAAAACGGCAGCGACGGGGGAGGUGGACACCGCGGACAGUCACCGACAUCAACAAGGUCUGCGGGCACGCCGCAUGACGAAGGGAGACCGCAACUGUGGCCUCCACAAGCGGGCGAUGGUCCGCCCGAUCCCGGGCUGAACAGUAGCCAGGCAUCCCUUACUCCAGCAGUGUUGCCUCUGGAUCAGAUUAGGAUAACUGGGAGUUGUAAUGAGUACACCGAAGGGCCCACGGUUGCCCAGAUGUCUCCGGCCUCUCAGCAAAGACAACAGAAGACCGAUCGUGGGUCGUCGCCUGUUUCAAGGACAAGCGGGCUGCAGGAGACUAAUAAUCUCCGCAACCUGCCUUCAUUGACAGAGCAUGGGAACACGCACACUACCAUCUCCUACGGGGAGGACGGCGUGCUGCGCUCUUCCAGUGCAGAGGACUCCCAGAGUAACAUCAGGACCAGCGUCGGGAGCGCCACUUCAGGCCAGAGGCUCAUCCGCGGCCCAGCAUUCGGGGACCACAUCAUCAGAACCCAGCCGAAACGCGAAGAGCUGAAUUCAGAGGAGUUGAAACCCCUGAACGAGGAGUCCAGCGCGGUGAUUGCCGUGCCGGGCAGUGCGGGCUACAAAACUCCCGGCAAACACUCCAGCAAGUGCGAGAACUGCAACCGCUGCCAGUGUCCGGAGUGCACUCGCCCGCAGGUGCUUCCCUCCUGCUGGAUGUGCGGCCGGCGGUGCGUGUGCUCGGCGCAGAGCGCAGUGGAGUACGGGACGUGCAUAUGCUGCGUCAAGGGGCUCUUCUACCACUGCUCCAGCGACGACGAGGACACGUGCGCCGACAAGCCCUUCUCGUGCUCCCAGUCCCACUGCUGCGUGCGCUGGACCACCGUGUCGCUGCUCGCCGUGCUCUUCCCCUGUCUGCUUUGCUACCUCCCAGCCAGAGGUUGUGUUGCUGCGUGCCAGAGCUGCUAUGACCGAGUCGCUCGACCCGGCUGUCGGUGCAAGAACACGAACCCCGGCCACCGCGAGGAGACGUAGACGAGUUGCUUACGUGUGUCGAAAUGCAGAAGGACAAAAGGACUCCAUGUUGACUGAACUGUUAGUUUUGUCCUUGAAGGUCUGUUGUGGAAAACGGUUUGCUUUCCGAAUCGAGUGAUGCUGUCGCGUUUGUUGUUUUCACCUGCCAGGUCUGUUCCGCAGGUGCGUUCACUCGGCUCCCAGCAUUAUGAGCUUCACUUGAAAGUUUAACCAAAUUAAGCGCUCCGCAUGUUUAAAGGUAUGAAGACAUAUUCAACUACUGUUUUGUCCUGAAAAAUAGUCCCUUCAUUUGGUAGAGUCCAGAUGAAUAGCCUUUUUUUUAACAUUUAAUACAAUUUGUAUGCUAAGAACAGGCUCCUGCUACUAACUGUAUGUAAAGUAGUAAUUCCAAGGGUUUGUUCUUUAGAAUACGAGUUUGACAGAUGUUUUAUUUUUGUACAUAUAAUAAUACUUCAACUGUGAAAAGUUUUCUGCCAUACCAGAGGCACCUUGAUAAAUUCACAUUUAUAUGAAUCAGUUAACUUCAUUCAUUGUUUUUUACAUUCACUGGGAUGUAUAUCAAUCAAUUGUUAUAUAUAAUUUACAAAGGAAAAAAUGUUAUCCCUUCUACUUGUAAAUUGUACAGUGACCUUUUAUGAAAAAAAAUAUUUUCUAAUUCCAACAUUUGCUUAGUGUAAAGUUAAAAAAAGUAUAUAUUUAUUUGAAGGUUUAUUAUUUUAUAAUGAAAAAAAUAUUUAUUUUGAACAUUGUUAAAUGUGUCACCUGUCUUGGGGGCUGUUGUGUAGUCGCUGCCGAUUGGAGGGGACCUGUAGGAGUGUCAAAGCUGGAUGAAUAGUUCACUAUGAAUUAGAAGACAAAAUAUAUUAACGUUUGAAAUUAAACAACCUUGAAGUCUGA